AUGUCCUUCAAGGAUGUGCGAGACCUCGCUGAGCACCUCAAGCUACUCGGCUAUCCUCAUGUGUUUCCUCUGCAGGCGUUGGCCAAUAAUUUCGGCAGUCUUGCCUCAUUUCAUGUCGUCGCCGAAGUUCUCCAAUGGUUGGCCGGUCUACUGGAGCCAGGUGCCGUACUGUCCGGCAGCGUAGAAUCGGAGAAUGAACGCGUAUUACUUAUACGCUCCGCCACCGAGUUCUUUGUUACUAAAUCGGCCAUAAAGCUCAAUCCACGUAAGUUAUAUGCGUCUUCUGCCGUCACCGCCACCGAGUUGCAGAAGAUCACGCGCAUGCUGAUCGCACCGCAACAAUCGUCCGAGGACAAGGAUGAAGAGGAGAACUACCGCAGUCUCAACCAGGUGGACAUAGGCGAUAAAAUGGACGAUUUGCGUCGUGCUCGCGAGCUCUCCACAGAUCUAACUCAGCGCGGCGCUGCACUGCACGAGCUGCUCGCUAAAGAAAUGCUACACCGAGAGACACGCCUGGCGCAAGCCAAUCGUCCAAUGGAGUUGGCGUCAGCAGAGCGUACGCUUAAGAAUGCUGUAACAGCCGCACAAUUGAAAUUGCAAUCGAGUCGCGGACAAUUGGAGAAUGCACGGGUAGAAAUGAACGCGCUUAGCUCAAAGUUGCAACGCAAGCGCGCCGAAUUGGAGCGCACCAAGCAACGUUUGGAGGCAUUGCAGAAGAUACGACCGGCGCACAUGCAAGAGUUCGAGGAAUGCGAGAAGGAGCUGCAGGAAUUGUUUCAACAAUAUUUUCAACGUCUACAUGUGCGCGAUGCGUUGCGUGCCCAAUACGAAGCGCGCACCAAACGCAGUACACCUGUCGCCUCGCCAAUGCUGCAGAAGCCGCAGGAAUCAUCAAUGCCCUUCAUACCGGAGGGUCUCAUAGAAGACGAUGACGACAAUGAGGCUGAAGCAGAGCUGGAUGGCAGUGGGGUGCUGCGACGUGGCAAUUUCGGACUGGAUGCAGAGAUUCCAGAUAUUCGAGAUGAGGAUAUGAUUUUGCGCAACCGGAGAUCAUAUAGUGGAUUGAUGGAUGAGGCGGCGCGUAAGAUGAGUAAGCGGCCAGGUACGGCAACUUCGCGCAAUGGACGCCCAAUAACGGGACGUAAUCGUCGGCCUCAAGCCGAGCGCCUUGCAGCGGAAGAUGGCAGCGACGUCGAUGCUCGCGGUGUCGCCGCUAUGGGCAGCAUGCUGAGUACGCGCGCUACACUGGGCGGGGAGGGUGACGAGGAUGACAGCUCAUUUGGUAGUUCGGACAGUGACCUGGGCAUGGGCGGACUGCUGGGCAUGGGGCGCGGGCAAGCACCAAGCGGUCUACUGAGCAAUUUAGACUCCGAGUUGGCCAACUUUGUCGACGAUGAUUUUAUUGCACCCACAAUUGCCACCUACGCAGCGAUGUCAAACAUGUUCAGCAUAACCAAUAUCAAGAAUCGCUUUAUUUCGGUUAUCGCCCCGGAUAUACCGCCGCUGCCAUCAAUUCCCAGUCACCAACUACAUCGUGGAGGUCCUUCGUCAAACUACCAGCUGCGAAUGGUGCAUCAACAGAAAAUGCCCGACAAAUUCGCAUAUGCUCGUCCACCAUUUCUACAGCUUUUGACAAUCGAUGAGUUGCGCGCCUCGGCCGACCACAAUGUACGCCCUAUCAUUGUGCCACGCGACAUCAAUUUGCUACCAUGGGGCACUGGCUAUGCUGAGUGUGUCAAUUCCGGCAAAUCGGAGUGGAAUGAAGACCAGGCUGCCUUUUCCAGGCAAGUACUUUCCGACCCAACACAUUGCCAUCCCGAUUUACCAUACACAUACUAUGGCAUUUUUGAUGGGCACGCUGGUUAUGGUGCCGCUCUAGCUGCUUCGCAUCAAUUCCACCACAUUUUGCAUGAAAAAUUGGUGGAUUGCAUUGAACUACUGCUUCCCCGCGAAGAGGAAAUGGCAAAUGCAAAGCCAGAUAGUGGCUUUCCGCACCCCAGUCAAUUUCAUAGACGCGUUUACAAGGAUGAGCUCAUCAUUGGCGCACUGGAGAGCGCUUUCUUCAAUAUGGAUGCGUUGAUUGCACAGGAUCGCGAUAGAUAUCGAGAUGCUGGCGGCUGUACCGCUUGCGUUGCAUUGUUCAUCAAUGGUAAGCUGUUUGUGGCAAACGCUGGUGACAGUCGUGCAGUUUUGUGUCAACGUAAAAGUGCAUCCGCGCUUGAUGAAAAACACAAAUCAGCUGCAAGCAUAGUAGCAGUGAAUAGCGCCGAGAAUAAUGCAGAUACACAGGAAAUAUUUGCUGUGCCUUUCUCAUUUGACCACACUCCGGAGACAGAACGACAUCGACUACUUACUGUAGCACGCUUGAAACCACAUUUGAUGGAGAAACAGUACGCCGCAAUGGAAUAUGCCAAGCGACCUCAUAUGAAGGAUUUGGGCCAACGCAUCCUUUGCCGCCAGGGUACAAUGAAAGGUUGGACUUAUAAAACGUUGACGCGCGAAGAUUUACGCAUGCCGGUGGUGACGGGAGAAGGAAAGCGUAGUCGAUUGCUGGGAACAUUGGGCGUUACACGCGGCUUUGGAGAUCAUGAUCUCUUGGCCAUCAACACAGGCACACAAAUAAAACCAUUUCUCACGCCACAUCCUGAAGUGGUUAUACGCGAUCUUUCCAAAAUCGUCAGCAUUCCAGAUGAGAAUAAUGAGGAUGGUGAUUAUGGCAUUCUGGUUAUGGCCACCGACGGGCUAUGGGACGUAUCUGAGAAUGAAGCUGUAGCGCGCACCGUUUUCCAAACACUCGCCAAAUACCCCACAGAAAAGCACCGUUACACAAUGGUGGCACAAGAGUUGGUGGCGCGAGCGCGUGGUAAAAUAAACGAUUCCGGUCAUUGGCGCCUGGCCGAUAGCAAAGCUGCUGCCACAGUGGAUGAUAUCUCAGUGAUUGUGAUACCAGUGUAUCAGUAUUAUAAAGAACACGUUGAAUGGGAGAAGAAGUGUGCCCAAGUGCUACAGGAGCGGCGGGCCAAAGUGACACCUAGUGCUACCGAGGCAUGCGAGGAUGAAACGUUAUUGGUUAAUGGCGUCACAAAGGCACAAGUUGAAGCAGAACACGAAGAGGAUGAGGAGGAAGUAGUUGUAGAAGUAAAUCGACAAAAGGCACAAGCUGACGUCGAGAUGGAAGAGAACGUAAGUGACGAACGAACGCAGUUGGCGAACAUUACUACACCAACAACAACAAGUAAUAAUGAGGAGAUAGCAGUCGAAAAAGAUGUAAAGGAGUUAAUUGAAAACGAGCUGGCAGCCGCUAUAUCUGCCCUGGAUGCUACUGAAAGUGCAGAAUAUGAUAGAAAAGAUAAAACAGGAACGUCUGCGACCGUGCCGGAGAAUGCAAACAAACAGAAGCAACCACAGCACCAACAACAACAUCAUCGCAAUCGUAAUCGCAAAGAUAAACGUUGAAGAAUCAAAAGCGUACGCUUGUUUAGCGUACAAAUUUUAUACUAAAUUCAAUAAUUAGUACGUAGCAAAUAAAUUUAACUAGUAAAAACAAACGCACUUAAAUAAUAUUCAAUGUAAGGAAAUAGAAAAAGAGGGAACUUGAAAAAUGUUGACGUGUAGUGAAAGUUGCGCUGUGUUGCGGAAGUGAGUUUUUUCGAGGGAAAUUUCUUAAAUCAUUACCAGAAAUAAAUAAAUUAUAAAUAUUCGAUAUAAGCAUAUACUAAUUUAUUUUAUUUACGUAUACUUUGUAACUUAUGGCCGCAUUCAAUCAAGGUGACCAAACACUGACCCUAGCCACAUACCAUUUCCAAACGAAUGCGAAAAUUUGUACUGAGCGGAUAUAAAAGUAAUUAAUAAAAGUGAAAUUAACACUUGAAUGUGCGCAAAAAAUAUAAAAAUUUGCAGGAUAAAAACAAAUGAAUAGAAACUUUAUUAUUGUUCAAAUGAAAAUGUAAUAAUUCAUUAUUUUCGAAAAUAAAAUAAAAUUUUUUUUUGCAAACAAU